CUGGCGGAAGCAGGAAACAGGAAACUUUUCCUCUGCAUUCUCUGCCUUCUGGUAGCCAGCUCUGCGGGUGCAGGUCUCAGGGAGCCUGGAUUCAGAGGGAAUGGCCCCUGGGAGCAGCCGAAGCCCAGCCCAGGUGACAGUGACCUUUAAGGAUGUGGCUGUGGACUUCACCCAGGAGGAGUGGGGCCUCUUGGACCAUCCUCAGAAGGAGCUGUACAAGGAGGUGAUGCUGGAGAAUGCCCAGAACCUGCUAUCCCUUGGGCUUCCAGUUCCCAGGGAAGACGUGAUCUCCUAUUUUGAGCAAAGGGAAGCACCAUGGCUGCUGGAGCAAGAAGGCCUGAGGAACCUCUGUCCAGGAGGGAUCAGAUUUCAGAUGAAGAAGACUCCUGCAGACCUAAGCCUUUGUAUGGAAGAAACUCUGGAGCAAAGAGACAGGUAUACUCCUGUCCAACAUCAGAGAAUCCACACUGGAGAGAAACCUUAUGAAUGUAAUCAGUGUGGUAAAGCUUUUACAAAGCAGGCCUACCUUAGAGUACAUCAGAGAAUCCACACUGGAGAGAAACCUUAUGAAUGUAAUCAAUGUUCAAAGGCUUUCAGAGACAGGUAUACUCUUGUCCAACAUCAGAGAAUCCACACUGGAGAGAAACCUUAUGAAUGUAAUCAAUGUGCAAAGGAUUUCAGAAGCAGCUCAAGUCUUGCUGAACAUGAGAAAACCCACACUGGAGAGAAACCUUAUGAAUGUAAUCAAUGUGCAAAGGCUUUCAGAGACAGGUAUACUCUUGUCCAACAUCAGAGAAUCCACACUGGAGAGAAACCUUAUGAAUGUAAUCAAUGUGGAAAGUCUUUUAGAGACAAGUAUACUCUUGUCCAACAUCAGAGAAUCCACACCGGAGAGAAACCUUAUGAAUGUAAUCAGUGUGGUAAAGCUUUUAUAAAGCAGGCCAACCUUAAAGUACAUCAGAGAAUCCACACUGGAGAGAAACCUUAUGAAUGCAAUCAGUGUGGAAAGGCUUUCAGAGACAGCUCCACUUUUGCUGAACAUCAGAGAAUCCACACUGGAGAGAAACCUUAUGAAUGUAAUCAAUGUGGAAAGGCUUUCACAUGGAGGAUUGGUCUUGCUGAGCAUCAGAAAACCCACACUGGAGAGAAACCUUAUGAAUGUAAUCAAUGUGCAAAGGCUUUCAGAGACAGGUAUACUCUUGCCCAACAUCAGAGAAUCCACACUGGAGAGAAACCUUAUGAAUGUAAUCAAUGUGGAAAGUCUUUUAGAGACAAGUAUACUCUUGUCCAACAUCAGAGAAUCCACACUGGAGAGAAACCUUAUGAAUGCAAUCAGUGUGGAAAGGUUUUCAGAGGCAGCUCCACACUAGUUAAACAUCAGAGAAUCCAUACUGGAGAGAAACCUUAUGAAUGUAAUCAUUGCGGAAAGGCCUUCAGACACAGCUCUGGGAUUGCUGAACAUCUGAGAAUCCACACUGGAGAGAAACCUUAUGAAUGCAAUCAGUGUGGAAAGGCUUUCAGAGGCAACUCCCAUCUAAUUAAACAUCAGAGAAUCCACACUGGGGAGAAACCUUAUGAAUGUAAUCUGUGUGGAAAGGCUUUCAGACUCAGCUCCAGUCUAGUUCAACAUCAGAGAAUCCACACUGGCGAGAAACCUUUUGAAUGUAAUCUGUGUGGAAAGGCUUUCAGAUCCAGCUACCAUCUUGUUGAACAUCAGAGAAUCCACACUGGAGAGAAACCUUAUGAAUGUAACCAGUGUGGAAAGGCUUUCAGAUGCAGCUCCCACUUUGUUGGACAUCAGAGAAUCCACACUGGAGAAAAACCUUAUGAAUGUAAUCUGUGUGGAAAGGCCUUCAGAGUCAGCUCAAGGCUUGUAGAACAUCAGAGAAUCCACACUGGAGAGAAACCUUAUGAAUGUAGUCACUGUGGAAAACCUUUUAGAACGAGCUCCAGUCUAGUUAAUCAUCAGAGAAUGCACACUGGAGAUAAUACAAUCCAUGUGGCAAAGCCUUCAGGCAAAAGCCAGUCACAUGAUUGAGGAGCCAUGUCAGUGGAUUAUAGAGCUUUGUAGACAGCAGAAAAUUCUGCACAGAAGACAUUUAUGACUUCACUGUGAAGAAUGCCUUCAGGGAGAAAUUGUUUGUUAUCCUCCCGUGAGAGGAUACUGUAACAGGAUUUUUACUGAGCCAGUCUCUAAUCUGAAAAUGCUUGGAGCCACACAAAGCAGGCCUAGAAACAGGAGUGUCAGUAAUCAAGAUGUUUAAUCAGUGUCAGAGUGAGGAAUAUUUCCUUAGCUGAAGUAAAAGCAUAGGUUUUAUACUUAAGUCACAACUAGGGAAGGAGAGGGGAAGGUGAAUUUUAGCGGUUUCCCAGGAGAAAUCCACAAGUCUCACAACACAACAGUUCUGGAGUCAUGUCUUUGUGGGUUGUGACCUCCUCCCCUAAAGCAGAGAACCAGAGUUCUCUGAGGGGAACAGGUUCCACAAUCUUUGAUUUACUUCACUUUAGGUCCAGUAAUUGUGACCCUUGUCAAGAGUUUUGACUAAUCAGUUCAGGCUGUAGUGUGAGCUGAGUGACAAGCCAGAGAGCCAGCCCUUGAAAACAUUGCAUUAUUAGUAUAUUCAUUACACAUAUAUCGAUUAAUAUGAAAAUUGUAAUUUCCUUUCUCAAUACUUACUAGGACAAAACCUUAUGAAUGUGCUGCAUGGGGACAUGCCUUUCUCUGCACAUGUAGGUCACUGCUGAAGCUUAAAUUUUGUGCCUUUAUAAUAGAAUGGUGAAAUAAAAGGAAAUAAGUCAUGGUAUCCCACCAGGUUGCAAAACCAAAAAAGGAAAUAGGCUCAAAAACUAGGACUGAGUGAAGGAAGAAGUCUAGAAUAGAAGAAUGGAAUCUCUCCAGAAUUAGGAAAUGAACUCACUUCAGUAUUAUGUCGAUUGGGUGAAAAUAUUUGGUGAAAGUAAGAAGUAAGAGGUGUUUGAUCAAGGGUAUAAAAACUGGGUAAUUUGGGGAAACUUUGUGGUCUCCUGCACUAUAUGUAUGUAUUUGCCUAUGUUCAGGCUACUGCCUAUGACAAUCAAGAAACUUCUCAUUCACUGUUUUUUGUGACUCCACAGUUGUGACAAUGAGGAAGGGAUUCCCCUGAUGGACUUGAUGGGAGAGCAGAGCCAUUGUGUAAAAAAGCAGCUGAUCCUAGGCAGGUAAGGGGCCCUGCCAUUUCUGUCUCAUCAGCCUCCCAUGCUUGCUCCUCCACCAGCCUGGCAGGGGAGAGGCUUCUGGGCUGAUGCUGACACAUAGUCUGGGCCUCUGCACAGUCAAAGUGUCCUCCUGGGACUCCUCUACAGGAAAUGGUUUGUUUCUUGGUAAAUCUAAAUAGACUGUUUCCUGCGGCCAGAUCAGCCAAAGCAAAUAGGGUGAAAAUGAACAUUUUUCUGAAGAGCUUGCAAAGCUUUCAAGAAGUCAGCCUCUCCCUCUGUUUUUCUAACUCUGGUUAAGGCCGGUAGGCAGACAUAAGACACUCAAGAGGGCAACAAUUUUUUUUCCUAUCUUCAGAAAUUUAUAAUGUCAUUAAGUAAAGAUCAAAUGUAUGACUUUGAAAAGAGAGUUGGACUGUCCGAAGGAGAUGAUAAGGAACCCUUUGCUGGCAUUGGACACAGGGCCGUCUUGUAUUGCCCUUACUCAGUUUCACAUUACAAUCCCAGAAUAAAGAGAAGAUGGAAGAAAAGAAUUUGGAACUCACAUGUUUUAACACAAAAAAAUAAAGUGCUCCACUUACUAUGCAAGCCAAUUUGGAAACCUCAAAAGUGGCCACUGGAUUGGAAAAUGUCAGUUUAAUUCCCAGUCCCAAAGUAGGGCUACAGCAGAUGCAUCUACAACAUCUAAAUUUAAAAAAUAAAUGAAGUACAGUAGUACUGGAUAGUA